AAUAUUGGAUGGUUAAAUCAGAUAAGAAAUAUAAAAUUAAUAAACAAAAUAAAAGCCGCCGAAGAGAAGAGCAUUGGUUGGGGGGCAGAAAGGGAAAUGAAAAAUUAAAGCUUAUACAAAAUUUGGUCAUUCUACAGGGAGAGAGAGUGUGUGUGUUCGUUUGGAUCUUUUGGAGGUUGAUGAAAAUGGCUACCUGCUUCGCUCCACUCUCCAUCUCAGUUGGAUCUCAGCUGAAGACGCGCGAGCUCUUCUUAUCCACCAACUCCAAUUCAUUUGGGAAAACUCCUAAACUCACCGUUCAUACCAAAACCAACCGCAAAUUUUCUCUUCGUUCCGACUACCGCAGUGACGCUAAUAGCGGAGGGGGGGGCGACUUUGUUGCGGGUUUUCUUCUAGGAGGGGCAGUAUUUGGAACUCUAGCUUACAUUUUUGCUCCACAGAUUAGAAGAUCGCUGCUUAAUGAAGAUGAAUAUGGAUUCCGCAAGGCAAGGAAACCAAUAUAUUAUGAUGAAGGCUUAGAGAAAACCAGGCAGACCUUAAAUGAAAAAAUAGGUCAGCUCAACUCAGCCAUUGACAAGGUAUCUACACGUCUGAGAGGUGGAAACAACUCGACCAAAGUGCCUGUUGAAAGUGAUCCGGAAGUAGAGGCUACCAUUUGAUGUGAGAUAGGUUUCUGUUUACUUUUGGUGUCAAAUGAUACUUGGCCUUGGAUAAAUGUAGCCUUGGUCGUUAUAGACCACACCACCAUAUAAUUCAUAUUUGGUUAUGUAACCACUCAGUGGUCUUACCAUAAUUUUUUUUUUUUUUGGAGGUUGUUUUUCCUUCCUUUUCGAGGAUUUGACCAUAACUUGUUUUCAUUUCUGGAUUACAAAAAAAUUUUAUAUGUUGGUUAUAAGAUUAGUGGCCUCCUUCUCCUACAAGUAUUCAUUGGCUUU